ACACAAUAUUCAGUGUCAUUUUGUCAAACGCAAAUGUUAAGAUGUUCUCAGAUUUAAUUGUGGGGAUUAUGUUGAUGCAGUUUGUAUCAAGGACAACGUGUUUCUUAAACCUGGCUCACAACAAUCCGCAACCACUUCAAGGAACUGCAACAAUGAAUAAACCGUCUUUUAACUCCGAGUGGAUUGCUCAACGUGCAUUCGAUGGAGAUACAAAUCAGAAUUAUUCAGGGAAGUCUUGCGUAAUUACACAACUUCAACCCGGACCUCUCUGGUGGAAGGUGUGGUUAAACAGAAGAUUUGAUAUUGCUUAUUUGGAAAUAUAUCUUAGAUCAGAUACAUAUAAAAGAUCCACAGGAUUCUCUAUUUACGCAUAUGAUGAUGAAUCAUUCACGCCGCCAAAUGGCACUACAGGAGCUCUAGUAUAUCAUCACGAUCCCAUGUCAGGUUGUCCCCAUCCAAUAAUGAACAUCACCGUGAACAGAGUAGCACAGGGUGUAGCAUUUUAUAACGAACGCCCACCGGGAUUUUCCACAUCAUGUCCAGGUGUAGAUACAAGAAAUACGUCUCUGGGGAUUUGUGAAGUCAAAGUAAUGGGAAACCUGGCUCACACCACUCUGCUAAAACUUCAAGGAAAUGCAACAAUGAAUACAUUGCCUUUUAACGACAAUUGGACGGCUCAGCGUGCAGUUGAUGGGAAUUCAAAUCAGCUUUAUUUUAACAACUCUUGCGCAAUUACAAAAGUUCAAUCUGGACCUUUGUGGUGGAAGGUGUGGUUACAGAGCAAAUUCAAUAUUGCUUAUUUGGAAAUAUACCUUAGAUCAGAUACAUAUAAUAGAUCAACAGGAUUCUAUAUCUACACAUAUGACAAUGAAUUGUUUACGCCACCACAUGACGCUACAGGAAGUGUAGUGUAUCACCACAACCCAAUGUCAGGAUGUCCGGAUUCAAUAAUGAACAUCACUGUGAACAGAGUAGCACAGGGUGUAGCAUUUUACAAUGAACGCCCACCGGGAUUCUCCACAUCAUGUUCAGGUGUAGAUGCAAGCACGACGUCUCUUGGGAUUUGUGAAGUCAAAGUAAUGGGUUGUAAUGCUGCUCGAUAUCAUCCCGGAUGUACCGAUGAGUGUUCAAGUAAAUGUAAAAAUUCCCACUGCGAUGUCUUCAAUGGAUCCUGUAUCCACGGCUGUGCUUCCCCCACAGCUAUUACCACAAACUGCACAGCUUUUUUGUCUGGAACAGCAAAGGCAUUGGGUCCACAAAGAGGUCCUGGUAAAUCUAAGACAACAUAG